AUGUAUCAUUCAAUUAACUGUACAGUUUACCUACUUAUUGUGGUCAUACAAAAAAGUAAUUCAGUGAUUCACACACUCAAGUAUAUCCGCACAGCAUCAUCUCGAAUUCCAAACUUCCCAGAAUACUUGGAGGUGGGUUAUAUUGACGGUGUUCAGAUUACCCACUACGACAGCAAGAGCAGGAAGUAUCGACCCAAACAGGACUGGAUGAACAAAAUCACAGCCAAGGAUCCGCACUACUGGGACAGAAACACACACAUUAGUCUUGGCAAUCAGCAGACCUACAAAGCCAGCAUUGAAAUUCUUCAAGAGCGCUUCAACCAAACUGGAGGUGUUCACAUGAUCCAGCGGAUGUCAGGCUGCGAAUGGGACGAUGAGACCGGCGAGGUGGACGGAUGGGAACACUUUUCUUACGACGGAGAAGACUUUAUAUUGUUUGAUUUGAAGGGAUUGAGGUGGAUUGCGGUCAAGCCGCAAGCUGUCAUCACCAAACAAAAGUGGGACAAACUGGACGAUUAUAAGCAAUUGAAGAAGUAUUAUUUCACUGAGGAAUGUCCUUCUUACUUGAAGAAGCACUUGAGCAAUGGGAGGGACUUCCUCAUGAGAACAGAGCUUCCGCGGAUCUCCCUGCUGCAGAAGACAUCACGGUCACCGGUGACUUGCCACGCCACGGGUUUCUACCCCAGGGAGGCCACCCUGUUUUGGAAGAAGGACGGCGAGGAGCUCUUUGAGGACGUGGAGAUGAGCGAGACCCUCCCCAACCACGACGGGACCUUCCAGACUACUACCGACCUCAAAGCGGUGGACGCCAACGCCAAAUACGAGUGCGUCUUCCAGCUGGCCGGCGUCCCGGAGGACGUCGUCGUCCCGUUGGACCAUGCGAAGAUCUUGAGCAAUGAGCGCAUUGAAGGUGAGAGGAAGACUGGGGUGGCUGUUGGCAUCCCGUUGGCGUUCCUCGCCCUGACCCUUGCGAUCAUCGUCGUCAAAUGCAGAAAAGCGACUUCUGAGCAAUCUUCCUCCGAGAGUGCUCCCGAAGCCGCUUCUCCUACUGCCGAGACCCCUUUAGCCGAGCCCGCUCCCGAGCGUAGGAAGACGAGCGAAAUGUCUCCACGCAAGCGCUUUCUCAUCAUCCUGGAUUUGAAAAGAUGA